GAUAACACUCUCCUCCUGUGUUGCCAUCUUAGAAGAGGCAUUCUCUCCUGUGGGUGAGGGGGAAAGAGAGGAAUCCCUUUCUUAAGAUGACAUUUGCCACCUGCAAGUUUACAGGCUGGCUGCCUCACACAGCUUCCUCUCAACACUGGACUGAACAACCAUGGCAAAUUCCCCUGUACCUGCUUUUAAUCAGAGAAGACAUAGAGCCUGGCUGGGUGGUCCAUCAUCAGCAUUCAGCUUGAAAGCUCCUGUCUUGCAAGAAGUACAGUUAAAGAGGUCUCAUGGUACCAAGUGACGUGUCCUUCUUGUGAGAUCCAGUCCCCAGAACCCCCUGAGAAAAUGUCAGGAAUGCAGGCCGUCUGGCCAUCUGGUACGGAAUGCAUUGCCAAGUACAACUUCCACGGCACUGCCGAUCAAGACCUCCCGUUCAGCAAAGGGGAUGUCCUCACCAUAAUCUCCGUCACCAAGGAUCCCAACUGGUACAAAGCAAAAAACAAAGUGGGCCGUGAGGGGAUCAUCCCGGCCAACUACGUGCAGAAACGGGAAGGAGUGAAAGCUGGAAUCAAGCUUAGCCUGAUGCCCUGGUUCCACGGGAAGAUCACGCGUGAGCAGGCCGAGCGAUUGCUCUACCCGCCGGAGACAGGCCUCUUCCUGGUGCGCGAAAGCACCAACUACCCCGGCGACUACACGCUCUGUGUCAGCUGCGAAGGGAAGGUGGAGCACUACCGCAUCAUCUACUCCUCCAGCAAGCUCAGCAUCGAUGAGGAAGUCUACUUUGAGAACCUCAUGCAACUGGUGGAGCACUACAGCUCAGAUGCCGAUGGGCUCUGCACGCGCCUCAUCAAGCCAAAGGUCAUGGAGGGCACAGUGGCUGCUCAAGAUGAGUUCUCCCGCGGCGGAUGGUCCCUCAACAUGAAGGAUUUGAAGCUGCUGCAGAUCAUCGGCAAAGGAGAGUUCGGAGAUGUGAUGCUGGGCGAUUACCAUGGGAACAAGGUUGCUGUAAAGUGCAUUAAAAACGAUGCCACCGCACAGGCCUUCUUGGCUGAGGCUUCAGUGAUGACGCAGCUCCGGCACAGCAAUCUAGUGCAAAUGCUGGGGGUGAUUGUGGAGGAAAAGGGAGGCCUCUACAUUGUUACCGAAUACAUGGCAAAGGGAAGUUUAGUUGAUUACCUUCGCUCCCGAGGGAGGUCUGUGCUGGGGGGAGAAUGUUUGUUGAAGUUCUCCUUAGAUGUCUGCGAAGCUAUGGCCUAUCUGGAAGCCAACAACUUCGUUCAUCGGGACUUGGCAGCACGGAAUGUGCUCGUCUCGGAGGACAACAUUGCCAAAGUCAGUGAUUUUGGGCUGACAAAAGAAGCCUCUUCUACCCAGGACACAGGCAAGCUACCGGUGAAAUGGACGGCGCCAGAAGCACUUAGAGAAAAGAAAUUUUCCACCAAGUCAGACGUCUGGAGCUUUGGGGUUCUUCUCUGGGAAAUCUACUCCUUUGGGCGAGUGCCUUAUCCAAGAAUUCCUCUGAAGGAUGUAGUUCCACGUGUGGAGAAGGGGUAUAAAAUGGAUGCCCCUGACGGCUGCCCCCAGGUUGUCUACGAGGUGAUGAAAAAGUGCUGGACCUUGGAUCCUACACACCGGCCUUCCUUCCACCAAUUACGGGAACAGCUAGAGCAUAUCAAAGCCAGCGAGCUCUACCUGUGAGGUAGAUGGGAGGGCGGGGCUUCCUUUGGACACACCUCUUUCUCCAUCACUUCCUGUGAUCCACCUCCCAUGCACAUGUGUCUGGGGGCAGGGAAUGGGCAAGGGACCGACUGAAGCAAUUCUUCCCCCCAGAAUCAUAAUUCCUCCACUGAAGGGACUGUACUUAAAGAAACAUAUUGGACUUUGUGCAUAUCCCCCCACGUGCCCGGGCUGGUGGGUGGGGAGUCUGGCUCCUCCUUUCUCCUUGGGGAAGGCUCUUCCGUAUCUUUUUCAGCUGGGUCAUCUGAAGUUACGCGAGGGAGAGUAAAUGGUGGAAACAUCAACAUCUUCCCCCUUCUUUUCCCCCUGUCCUGUAGGAAAUGCGGGGGGGGCGGGGGGGUGGAGAGCCUAACCUUAUGUUAGUAGCAUGUUUUUCACCCUUCCCAAUACGCUUUUCUCCAUUUGGCUUCCUCCUCACAAAGCAACCUCCCUUUUUUUCCUCUCCCCCUCUUCCUUCCACCUUUUUAAUUUCUCCCUGGAACCAGACCUGCGUGUCUCUCAAAUAAAGAAAUAAGAAAGUUGUGCAGCGCCAACAAUAUGAAGAGGAGAGACGGGGAGGGAGGGAACUUGUGUGAGGUGGGGGAGCUGGGGGGAUUUUCCUUCUCCUGUCGAUAUUUCCAUAACCACUGGAAAUACCUAAAUUUCCAAUCCAGUAUCUUCUCUCCCCCCACCUUUUUUUAAAAAAAUAGAUUUUUGUUCAGUUUUUAUUUUUUUGUUUUGUUUGUUUUUAUUAUUUCAGACUGCACCAGAAAUCAGCUGUUUUGCUGGGUUUUACUAAAGUUACAAACCUUAUUUUUUAAUGUAAUAAUAAAAAAGGUUUUUUAAAAAAUUAAAAAACCACACACACACACGCUGAAACAUAGCAAGCUCGCCCCCCCACCCUGACCAAAUGAAGACAGGGCGAGUUUAAAACCGCAAAGCCACCAAGGACGAUAGUUGGGUUGUUGGUUUUUUUGCUUAAAAACAGUGUUUGCAUGCUGUCUCCAGAGGCCUUUUCCAGUCCUGUCUAGUGCUUUAUGCUCAUAUAAUGCUGCCAACUGUGAGAUUAAACUGUAAUAAAAACCAUUCCAUAUGAACAUGUAA